CAUAGCAGGAAGCACAUGCCACAGGUCAGAGUGUGUGUAUGGGUCCUAGAGAAACUGAAAAAGUCUAAAGAAGAAAAUAGCUCUGGGUGCAUCUGUCCAAAAACCUCCCUUCACAGUCUUAGGCGUGAGGGGUUUCACUCAAGAGGUGUCACAUGGUCCAGGAGGACUAUAAAAGCACACGGCGUCCAUGUACGACAGCUCACUCCCUUCAGUCUUCUUAUCUCCAGCUGGAGUAAGUGGUGUGCUGAGGCUGUUCCUCAACCUUCCAUUCUCACAAGAACAGGGCACAUCAUAGCUACAAUGUCUGACACUGAGGAUAUUGUGGAAGAGUAUGAAGAGGAGGAGGAAGAGGAGGAAGUAGAGGAAGAAUAUGAAGAAGAGGAGAAUGUAGAGGAGGCCCCUCAAAUAGAAUAUGAAGAAAAUGAGGCAGAUGAAGACAAUGAGGUACAGGAAGAAGAGGAAGAAGAAGAAGAAGACUCCAAGCCGAAGCCAAAGUUGUUUGUCACUGCCAUUGUCCCUCCCAAACUCCCCGAUGGAGAGAAGGUGGACUUUGAUGAUCUCCAUCGUAAACGUGUCGAGAAAGACUACAAUGAGCUUCAGAGCCUCAUCGAGGCACACUUUACCAACAGGCAGAAAGAGGAAGAUGAGCUGGUAGCCCUAAAAACACGGAUUGAGCGAAGACGUGCAGAUCGCGCAGAGCAGCAGCGCAUUCGAACCGAACAGGAGCGUGAAAGACAGACCCGUUUGGCUGAAGAAAGGGCACGGCGUGAGGAAGAGGCAGCUAAACUCCGAGCUGAGGAGGAGGCCAAAAAGAAGAAACUACUCACAAAUAAGGGCUAUGGAGGCUACCUGCAGAAGGUGGAGCCGAAAAAGGGCAAGAAGCUGACAGAACGUGAGAAGAAAACCAAGGCCCUCAUGGAGCGCCGCAAGCCACUCAACAUCGACCACCUUAACCAGGAGAAACUGGCUGAGAAAGCCAGAGAUCUCUGGCAGUGGUUGCAGCAGCUCCAUGCUGAGAAGUUUGACCUGAGUGAGAAGCUGAAGAGGCAAAAGUAUGACGUGAAUGUUCUGCGCAACCGUGUCAGUGACCAUCAGAGGUACAGCAAGACAACCAAGACCGCCAGGAAAUCCUGGAAGUAGAUAUUGUGGAUUAGGGAAUAUAUGAUUAUGGUAUAGACUCUUCACAGUUUUAUUUUAUUGAAUAAGUAUCAGAUUUUUAUCAUUGAUUUACAGUGAAUUGUACUGGUAAAAAAGAUCAGCCAAGACCAUGUUAGUUGCCCCUACAUAUGCAAGACUGACAGUGUUUAAAGAUUCCAGUUCAUCCUGGUUUUCUCUGUAUCACGUACAACUGAGAGCAAAGGUUUGCGUUCCCUAUUGUGUGUGAAGGGAACUGAAGAAAAAUUGUGUGUUUCCGAAAUGUAUUUCCAAAAAAAAAAAAAAACAAUGUUAUUUCAAGAUGUUAAACUUGAAAAUGUGGGCAUAUACAAGGACGGCAUAAUGAUGCAAAAUUAUAUAUAUGUAUUUAAAAAAACACUGUAGUAUAAAAAGUCAUGGUUUGACAUCUGCCAUAGAUAGAACUUAUAUCCAGAAGAAUGGGACAAGAAGUGAAGAACUGCGUGUUACAUAUCAGGUAUCUCUUCAAGGAUAUAUAAAUGAGUGGACAUUUGAACAUUGUUCAAAGGAUUUAGACCAGAAUAAAGGCAAAGUGUGGGCAGACACGUUAUUUGAAAAUAAUACACAAUUUGUUAAACAAAUCCCAUUUCCUUCUAGCUGACAUUUUUCAUAUUUGUAAUAAAGAGGGAACAUUGUAAAACUCAUCAUACCAAAUGUCUUGUUGUUAUACCUUGCUCUUCUUUCCCGUCCUACAAGUAAACAAACUUUUACAUUCAACUGUAUGGAAUAGACUUGCCAGUUUUGUUUCCUGCUGAAAUUCUUUUGUCACAUUAAAGUAGAGGACCGUU